GGCCGUGAGCUCCGCGCUCGUCUCCGCCAGCCUUGCACCCCGAGGCCGUGCGCUCGCUCUCCCCGCCCCGGCGCCGGUGUCAGCGCCCCGUGGCUGCCGCCGCCUCCGAAGUGCUCGCUGCCUCGGCACCCAGCGCCGGGACCAUGAAGCUGCUGCUGCCGUCGGUGAUGCUGAAGCUCGUCCUGGCGGCAGUGCUCUCGGCGUUGGUGACCGGAGAGAGCCUGGAGCGGCUCCGGCGAGGGCUGGCCGCUGGCACCGGCCACCCCGACUCUCCCACGGAAUCCACGGACCAGCUGCUGUCCGCGGGAGGCGGCCGAGGCCGAGAAGUCCUGGACCUGCAAGCAGCAGACCUGGACCUUUUCAAAGCUGCCUUCUCCUCCAAACCACAAGCUCUGGCUACACCGAGCAAGGAGGAGCGUGGGAAAAAAAAGAAGAAAGGCAAGGGGCUGGGGAAGAAGAGAGAUCCAUGUCUUCGAAAAUACAAGGACUUCUGCAUCCAUGGUGAAUGCAAAUAUGUGAAGGAGCUUCGGGCCCCAUCUUGCAUCUGCCACCUUGGUUACCACGGAGAACGUUGUCAUGGACUGUCACUCCCAGUGGAGAAUCCCUUAUAUUCGUAUGACCACACAACCAUCUUGGCCGUGGUGGCUGUGGUGCUGUCGUCCGUCUGUCUGCUUGUCAUCGUGGGACUGCUCAUGUUUAGGUACCACAGGAGAGGAGGUUAUGAUGUGGAAAAUGAAGAGAAAGUGAAGUUAGGCAUGACCACUUCUCACUGAGAGACACCUGUGCUCAAGGAAAUGGUCCACCCUUGGCUGGGUGGGACCAUCAUUAUCUUUCCUGGAUCUGUUUCAAGACAUGCUGAAAUCAUCUCUAGACUGAGGGGCUGACAGAGAUGCCCUGAUGUAGUCUAGGUCCGGCUGCUGAAUUGUUUUUAAGAGAUUGACGGUGCUUCAUCUUCACUUCCAGUGAAAGUUGCUAGAGAAAGAUGCCGGAGAGGACAGUUUCUCCCAGCUGCACCUUGCUCCUUCCCACCUCUUUCCAAACACUCUUUCUACCUUUUCAAGUUGGAACUGAAGACUUCUUUUUUUUAGGUGGAGCAAGGUAGUUUUUAUUGAAACUUAUUUAGAAAGAUGUGAAGGAAGAGUAAGAAAGAAGUGUGUGUUCAAGAGAAAACACAGGCUUCUCCAGAUUGGAAAUAAGCAAGCAAAGAAACAUAGAGACAAGCAAGCAAGAUAUGUGUUCAAGGGAGAACAUGGGCUUGAGGAGCAACCCUGAAGCUGAGGACUCUUCAGGUCUCUGAAGAGUGGACUGGGCUUUCCAUGCCUUCCUUUGUGUAUAAAGAGUUGGCUGAGGACAGCUACUUCUGAGAAGACACAGGUUGACUACAGACUCCGUAGAGAGGAAGGAAUUUUUUCCCCAGCCAUGAAGACCUCUCUUGCUAGUUAGGCUGGGCCUCCCAUAACUGCCAAAAUGCCAGAGCCAUCUAGUGCCAAACAAAAACAUGCCCAGUGAGAGCUGGGUCAGGAGAAAGCAAAAAUGAGAGACUUUUGUGCCCUUCUGAUUCCCCUCCACCAAACCCCACAUUUUCCUCUGUCUCCCCAUAAGUUUGUAUAAACACUUGUCAUCUGGAUUAAAAUGCCAGUUAAAUUCCAUAUGCUCCAGGAUCGUGGACUGAAAAAGAUGAGAAGAGGAAGAAGAAAAGAAAGGUGGUUUGGAAGACCACAACAGAGUGAGAAGCCAUUGUACUGAAGUAGCUACCAAGGGAUAUGCCAUUUGGACCCGCCAGCUUUGGAUUUGAUGAGCUAACUGUGAAAUACCACAAGCCAGAGAACUCUGAAUUUGGGGAUUUCUACCCAGAUGAAAAAAAAAAUAACAACUAUGUUUGUUUGUUUAUUUGUUUGUAAAAUGCCUCUUAAAUUAUAUAUUUAUUUUAUUCUAUGUAUGUUAAUUUAUUGAGUUUUUAACAAUCUAACAAUAAUAUUUCAAGUGCCUCCACUGUUACUUUGGCAAUGUCCUGGCCCCCCCAUCCCUCAUCCUCCUUCACCCCUUCUGGCUCAGAGUCAUGAAUCUCUGGUGGCUCUAUGCCCUUCUGUCGUUUUUCCGUGUUUCUGAAAAUCUUCCAUGGUCAGAGUGACAUAGGGGGAGUUCUGUAUAGGCAGGAUGUAGGAGUUCACUUGGUCUGAUCCACUCUGUGAGUUGGACUACAGCCUCGCCUAGGUGGUCUAGUGUACUAUUUGUGUUUUGAAAGCCAAGGUGCUGGUGUCAAAGUGUGACUUAUCAGUAUUGCCCUGGGUCCUUUUCUAGCCAAACCUUGGGAGAGAUUGGGCCUGCAGCCUUCCUCUCCAUUUUUUUUUUUUUUUUUUUGUGUGUCUAGACAUUUCUCUUACUCCUGCCGCUUUUCUGGUGCUACUCCCUGCAGGAGUCAGUGCAGCGGAGGGUUCUCUAAAGAAGGUGUUAAUUAGCAAAGAGCAAGGCUGAGGAGGAACAGGAAACACUGAAGCUGACUUUUCUUGGUGAAUAAUAACUAUCAAUUGCUACAGAAUAAGUUGGAGGUGAGGGAAAGGGAAGGCUUUUAUGUGUAAAUGUAUUCACACCCCCCCCCCCAAUGCGAAGAUACAUACACUGUCAUAGAUCUUUCUGGACGUUUUUGAAUUGUUACCACCUGUAUUUUCAAACCUGGUUCAUAUUUAUACUUUGCAAUCCAAAUAAAGAUAACCCUUACUCUGUA